UCAACUACGGACUGGUUGCUGUUUUCUAGCACAGAGUGAGGUCUUCAUACUUCACAGGAACUAACAAUGGACAUCCAGAAGGACGUGCAACCCCCCAAACAGCAGCCAAUGAUAUAUAUCUGCGGAGAAUGUCACACAGAAAAUGAAAUAAAAUCCAGGGAUCCAAUCCGAUGCAGAGAAUGUGGAUACAGAAUAAUGUACAAGAAAAGGACUAAAAGAUGGGUGGGUUUUGAUGCUCUAUGAAACGAACUCAGAGGAACAUCUCCACUUGUAUUUGGAUUUGCCACUAAUGUUUCAUAUUGUAUAGCUUUUGGGAUAGCAUACUUACCUUUAUGAAUCCAACUCUAUACGUGAUUUCAUUUUAUUUAGUUUUUAAAGCCAUACUGUAUUUGGGUAUCUGUUAAUACUUUGUGCAAAUAAAUU